AGGAACCGGGACCAGGCGGCUGUCUCUGUGCUCCGUGGCUUUGCUCGCCGUUUGCACUCCUGUCUGGAUUUUGCGCAGGCCUGCCUCGCGCCUCCUUCAUUUACCUGGAGAUAGGAGUUGGAACACAGCACCUUCCCUUCCUCCCAGCCCUGCCUCCUCCUGCAGAGCGGAGCUCAAUAGAACUUUGUUGUUUUGCCUUUUACUCUGCCGGGAGAGAAGCAGACAAUGAGGAGAAAAUAAUGAAUGUCAAAGGAAAAGUAAUUCUGUCAAUGCUGGUUGUCUCGACUGUGAUUGUUGUGUUUUGGGAAUAUAUCAACAGCCCCGAAGGCUCUUUCCUGUGGAUAUAUCACUCAAAAACCCCGGAGGCGGGUGACAGCGGCCCGCAGAAGGGCUGGUGGUUUCCAGGCUGGUUUAACAACAGGACCCACAGUUACCAAGAAGAGAAAGACGCGGACAAGGGAAAUGAACAAAGAAAGGAAAACGAAGAACUUCAGCUGUCAGACUGGUUCAAUCCACAAGUUCUGGAGACUGGGAAGUCCAAGACCAAAACCCCGGCAUCUGUGGUGACUGCUCCCAAAGACCCACCUCCAAACACCAUCACCCUGGGGAUUGGAUUUCCACAUGUGAAUUCUGGAGGGCAAGGCACAGACUCAGGCUAUAGCAGUGCCCAGGAGCUCCACGGAAGGGCCAGUGAAGGAAGAGGAGUCUGGAAAGCGGCAGGAAGAGCUGUGAGGAGGAUGGGAGAGAAUAGCACCUACCCCAGGAGGAGGGGUGUGAGCUCUGGAAAGACCGAGAAACGUCCAGAUGUUGUGACAGUGACCGAAUGGAAGGCACCGGUCGUGUGGGAAGGCACUUACAACAAAGCCAUCUUAGAAAAUUACUAUACCAGACAGAAAAUUACCGUGGGUUUGACGGUCUUUGCCGUCGGAAGAUACAUCGAGCACUACUUGGAGGAGUUCCUAAUAUCUGCUAAUAGGUACUUCAUGGUUGGCCACAAAGUCAUAUUUUACAUCAUGGUGGAUGAUGUCUCCAAGAUGCCCUUGAUAGAGCUGGGUCCUCUGCGUUCCUUCAAAGUGUUUGAGAUCCAGCCCGAGAAGAGGUGGCAGGACAUCAGCAUGAUGCGCAUGAAGAUCAUCGGGGAGCACAUUGUGGCCCACAUCCAGCGUGAGGUGGACUUCCUCUUCUGCAUGGACGUGGACCAGGUCUUCCAAGAUAGCUUUGGAGUGGAGACCCUGGGCCAGUCGGUGGCUCAGCUCCAGGCCUGGUGGUACAAGGCAGAUCCUGACGAGUUUACCUACGAGAGGCGGAAGGAAUCCGCGGCAUACAUCCCGUUUGGCGAGGGGGAUUUUUAUUACCAUGCGGCCAUUUUUGGAGGCACACCCAUUCAGGUCCUAAACAUCACCCAGGAGUGCUUAAAGGGAAUCCUCCAGGACAAGAAAAAUGACAUAGAAGCUGAGUGGCAUGAUGAAAGCCACCUAAACAAGUAUUUCCUUCUCAACAAACCCACUAAAAUUUUAUCCCCAGAAUAUUGUUGGGAUUACCAUAUAGGGUUGCCUUCAGAUAUUAAGAUUGUCAAGAUAUCUUGGCAGACAAAAGAGUAUAAUUUGGUUAGAAAUAAUAUCUGACUUUAAAUUGUGCCAGUGGGUUUCUGGAUUUGAGAGAGUAGUGUUCUGGCUACUUCCUCAGAAAAGUAACACUUAAUUUUAACUUUUAAACAAUACUAACAAGAUGCCAAUGGCUCCUCUUCCUGAUCACUCUGAAUCUUGCAGUAUGGGAAGAUGAACCCUACAGUAAUCAGAUGUAAAUGCCCAGCAAUUUCUUAUCUCUUCUGGGUUGGGGGAAAUCCUAUCAACUGAACCAAACAACAAAUAACAAGAUUGACACAGGCAAAGAAAAAGCCAGAAAUACUCUGCCUGAGCCAAAGAAGGGUGUUAAAGGAAGUGUUUGGCAGCAAGAUACGAUUGUAAGGGGGGCAUCCCCUUGACUUCGGUGUCUUUGCUGAGACAGAAGAACUCUGAGUAAAGGCAUGGUCCACCUUGGCAGUCCUCACACGGUUUCGCUAGCAGACUGCUUCAGGCUAUUUGCCAUCCGUGUUCUCUUCCCAUCAGGAAAAUGUUGUUUGGGUUCCAUGCAGAAGAUCGGUAGUGAUUCCCAAUGGACAUCAUGGUGGCGAAUGUUUGGAGUCACAGGGAAUCUAAAGGAGCCAGAGGUUGCUCAGCAUGGAGUGAAAAGAGACUCAAAGUUGAGUUUGCCACAAAAAAGCAAAGAGAGUGGAAAAAGAGGAGGCAGGUAUCUGUGGGCCCCCCUGUGGGGGCACAGGGCAUGGGGCUGGUGCUUAAACACAGCAUGGAUCUGGGCAUGGAGUGGGGGACAACGUGGGUAGUCUCUGGCUUCCUCGGACCUCCGAUGACCAGUGCAGCAGAGACUUGAAUGGAAGAUGCUUCUUGUCGCAUUCAGUCUACCAGACUCUUUUCUUCAGUUCCUUGGCCAGAGAAGUGGGUGGUGUCAGUGAAGGCAAAGGCCCACAGUGGACUAAAGAGGCUUGCAAGGAGUUACAUUGCCCAAAUGUGGGCUUCAUGACAAUAAGUCAUCAACAUGCCCUGCUGCCACCUGCUUUAAGCCUCAGGGUCCCUCAGCCUAUCAUGCCCCAACCUGGAGGGCUGACAUCCAGGAACUGGACUGGAUUGGGAAAGCCCUCGGGUCAAGUAACCUCUCAUUUUCCCCUGCCCUGUCUGCACUACUGAAGUGUGACUACCAGAUACGUUUAAUAAAAUGAGCUAAUUGAUUUUAUGUCGAAAGCAGAGGGGAUGGCAAUGAGACCCAGUCCUCAUGAAUGAACAGCUUAACAUACAAUACCCUUCUCUAAGAGAAGCUAUGAAAUCUUACAUAUUACUUCAAGUCAAGCAAUUCAACGUACAGGAGUCAGGAGGUAACAUUUACAUACGCAGGUAUAUUUAUAGUUUGCUCGUGUUCCAGUUUUGGUCCUUUGUUUCCAUUUUUACAUGAUUUAUUUGAAAAGCCACCGCACUGGCAUGGUGUUCCGCACAAUGGGCUUAUUUGAUAAAAUGAAACCGACAUUUUUUCCUACCAUUUCACUGGGCCUCCUACUCUUCAGUCCUUGCCAGAAAAAUCUCACAACCCAGCAAAAUGAAGCAAAACCAACAACAACAAAAACAACAGAAUCCUGAAGAAAGGGACUGGGUAAAAGAAAACAGAGACCAACACAUAAUUAGGACACUGCCUCUCCAGAACUCAACUUUCCUGGUCCCCAUCCCUCCUGGAGUAGAGACAGUUAAGCAUUUAUCCUAAACCAAAGAAAUGAUCUGUCUUAAAAGAUUAGGGAAGAGGGUUGAUGUUUAUUUUUAAGGGAAUCUUGAUUUUUUUUUUAUUCAUUUAAAUUUAAACCCCCAAACAAACUCAAGAUCUCAUUGAUAGUUAUUCUUAAACAUUAAAAAAAAAUAAAAUUCACACUUCACAUUUGAAUAAAUUAUUUUCUCAGCA